UCAAAGUCGGAACUCAAUAUACAGUUUGGCUUAUUCAAAUCAAAAAUCAUAACCGACCCUAUGGUGAUUCCAAUAUUCAAGUAGAUUCAACAUCCUAUCUUACACCUAAUUAUGUUCUCGAAGGCAGUAACUUGCGACCCCUCAAUAUUCCUUACAUUGCUAUGUACUGGCAGAUUGGUGCUCACAAAUUGGAAAUUCGAGAGGCAAAUUGGGGUGUUGGGACAUGUUUAACUCCAGAUGAAAAACCACAAAUGCAUUAUAUAGUCUUUGGUCUUAAUUCCUUCAAACAAGGGAAAAGCUGUAACAAUGAACUUUGCUCACAUCAUAAAAUUUGGUCAGAAAGGGUGCUUGAUACCA